GGUGAACCCGAACUUGUCUUUCUCUUCAUUAAUAGUAGCUUCUAAACUAACACUUGAAAUAUUCCAAAAAUAUUAGCGAAUAAAAAACUCUCCACGUAAUCAUUCCGAGGCAUUCUUCGAUUUCACCGGCGGCGAAGCUGCAAUGGCUGCGCAAUCGAGGAAAUGGAUGAUUCUGGUGGCCACGAUUUGGAUUCAGGCGUUCACGGGGACGAACUUCGAUUUCUCGGCCUACUCCUCGGAGCUGAAGGCGGUUUUGGGAAUCUCGCAGGUCCAGCUCAACUACCUCGCCACCGCGUCGGACCUCGGGAAGGCGGUGGGGUGGUCGUCUGGAGUGGCGCUGAUGUGGAUGCCGCUGUGGGCGGUGAUGUUCGCCGCGGCGGCGAUGGGAUUCGUCGGCUACGGCGCGCAGUGGCUCGUAAUUAGUAACGUGAUUACGCUGCCCUAUUUCGUGAUAUUCUUGCUUUGCUUGUUAGCUGGUUGCAGCAUCUGCUGGUUCAACACAGUCUGCUUUGUCCUCUGCAUCAAGAAUUUCCCCUCUGCAAUGCCCCUCGCACUCUCCCUCACCAUUAGCUUCAAUGGCGUGAGCGCAGCUCUAUACAACCUCGCGGUGAAGUCCCUCAGCCCUUCCUCAUCCGCUGUUUACCUCCUCCUCAACGCCUUGAUACCCCUCGCCACAUCCCUCAUGGCUCUGAUUCCCAUCCUCCGCCAGCCCCCCCUCGAUCUGCUGGAUCCGGACGAUGUCAAACGCGACCACUUCACAUUCCUCAAGCUGAACAUGCUCGCAGUCGUCACCGGGCUGUAUCUCCUCUUCCUCCAUCCAUCAGAUCCGUUCACAGCUCGACUCCUCUGGUGUGGAGCCAUCUUCCUUCUGAUCCUCCCUCUAGGGAUCCCCGGCAUUCUGUAUGCCAGAGAGUGGUUCCACACCACAGUCUACAGCAGCUUCCAGCUCGAUGGCUCAGGGUUCAUUCUUGUCGAUGCUGAGGAUCUCGAGCUGCAUAAGCAGCUCCUCAGCCGUGCCAGCAGUGUGGAGAAUGGGCUGACAUACUCUGGGAAUGAUGGUGCAUCAUCAGCAAACGGCAUGUCUGGACUGAACAGGUGUGCGGUCAUCACGAAGGACCAGCUAGUGAUGCUAGGGCACGAACACACAGCAGGGGAGCUCGUACGUAGAUUCGACUUUUGGCUAUACUUUGUCGCUUAUUUCUGUGGAGGAACCAUAGGUCUUGUGUACAGCAAUAAUCUUGGGCAGAUUGCUCAGUCACUUGGGCAUAGCUCAGUCACCCCCGAGCUCAUCACGAUAUAUUCCUCUUUCUCUUUCUUUGGCCGCCUCCUCUCAGCCACACCAGACUACAUUCGAAGAAAGGUCUACUUUGCCAGAACUGGGUGGCUGGCCAUAGCUCUCCUCCCCACGCCAACCGCGUUCCUUAUCCUCUCCGCGUUCGGAGACCACGCCUUCAUGAUCCGAGUAGGGACAGCGAUGAUCGGGCUGAGCUCGGGGUUCAUAUUUGCAGCUGCUGUUUCAAUAACAUCAGAGCUGUUCGGGGCAAAUGGCAUGGGUGUGAACCACAACAUUCUCAUAACGAACAUCCCAAUCGGGUCCCUCGUCUACGGCUUCCUGGCAGCCGCGGUCUACGACAUGAACGCAACGGCGGGGGUUGGGCGCGUGGGGGAGACAUUGGUAUGUAUGGGGAGGAAAUGCUAUUUCUUGACAUUUGUGGGGUGGGGUUGCAUAUCUCUUGUGGGAUUAGCCUCUAGUGUUAUUUUGUUUUUGAGAACUAAACCUGCAUAUCACAGAUUUGAAACAAAUAGAAGAUCUAAUAUGUUGUCUUAGAUUUUUCACAUUUUCAUUGAAAUGGAUUCUUGUAACUAA